UUAUGCGUGAUGCCACUAGGAACACUCAUGUGCAAGUUUUUAUGUGGGUGUAUGUCUUCAAACCUCUUGAGUAUAUACCUAGGAGUGGAACUGCAGGAUCGUAUUGCACUACUGUUGAUCAUCCACUUUCCUUCCCAAAAUCCCAGACAACAGAAUCACACAAAUCACUGUAUCUAACAUUCCCCAAAUAAACCAAACCCUCUUAAUUCCACCAGAACUGGAGAAAGUCCUCCUACCUGAAGCUAUUCCUUCUGCUCAGUCUUGUCUGGCAAACACCAAUUUGUUCUUCAAGGUCAAGGUCACCUCCUUCAUGGAACAUUACCCAAACCAUUCUUCCACCUCUGAAAAGAACUGUCAAUUCCCCCAUGAUGCUCCCAUAUCCAUCAUUUACUAUGGACUCCUCUAUAGGCUUAACCGUGGCAUCCUCCCCACACCCUAUUCUUUUCAUGUAAACAGUUGGUCCCAGCAGCCCCGCGAGUACGUGCCUCAGGAUGGCCUGUACUCUGGAUCCACUGGCAAAGAAGAUGUUUAAAGGAGUUUUACUAGCUGAACUUGUGGGCAUUUUUGGAGCAUAUUUUUUGUUUAAAAAGAUGAACACAAGCCAAGGUUUCAGGCAAACAAUGAGCAAGAAAUUCCCCUUCAUCUUGGAAGUUCAUUACAAAUCCACCGAACACUCUGGAAUGUACAGAAUCAGAGAGCAAGAUCCAGAAAAGUGGCUGAACGGCAAAAAUUAGGAAUUUGCCCAUUGAUCAAGGUUUGCCCUAUUUCAUAGUAUCAGGCAAGACUAAAAUUCCAAAGUUGACAUGGAUGGAUUUUAGAAUAUUUAAGGUUAAAUGUAAAUCCUCAUUAAGUCAGAGGUUUUAU